CUUUAGCCCCUCGGUUUAUAAAAAUAAAAACACGUUAUUGUGUCUGGCUCUGAGGAUUUAAAACCCUGAGCUGUGUGAGGACAUGAAAACAGAGACAUCCAUGGAUGGAGAGACCUCAGAAGCCUGUGUGAAGAAAGUGGAGACGCUGGAGCUGAAUAUCUACAGCUAUGGAGACGAUCUCGACAACCCACCUGAAGGUUUCUCCGUUAAAGUGGAAGAUCCUGAUGAUAAAGACUAUCUCUACUGUGAAGUUUGCAAAUCCUUCUUACUCAACAAAUGCGAGGUUCAUGGACCACCCCUCUUCAUCCCCGAUACUCCUGUUCCCAUGGGAGUCCCUGACCGAGCCAGACAAACACUUCCUCCUGGGCUAGAAAUCCAGAAGUCCAGUAUUCCUGAUGCAGGCCUGGGAGUGUUUAAUAAGGGGGAGACUGUUCCAGUAGGUGCACACUUCGGCCCCUGCCAGGGAGAGCUGGUGAACCGAGAGGAAGCCAAGAACAGUGGAGACUCCUCAGUUGUAUGCAGGAGCAUGCAGUGUGAAGAAUACAUCGAUGCCAAAAGAGAAAUGCAUGUGAAUUGGAUGAGGUAUGUGAAUUGUGCCCGUAAUGAAGAAGAACAGAAUCUUGUGGCAUUUGAGUAUCAAGGGGGAAUUCUGUAUCGUUGCUGUCGAUCCAUUAACCCAGGACAGGAGCUCUUGGUGUGGUAUGAAGAGGAGUACGCCAAAGAACUCAGUCCUGCACCUACAGGAACAACCAGACAGCAAGAACACCAGCGCAUUCACACAGGAGAGAAACCGUAUCACUGCUCACAGUGUGGGAAGAGUUUUAUUCGUCAGCGUCAUCUCCAACAACACCAGCGCAUUCACACAGGAGAGAAGCUGUAUCACUGCUCACAGUGUGGGAAGAGUUUUACGACGCAGAGUAAUCUCCAAACACACCAGCGCAUUCACACAGGAGAGAAGCCGUAUCACUGCUCACAGUGUGGGAAGAGUUUUACUCAUCAGAGUGCUCUCCAACAACACCAGCGCAUUCACACAGGAGAGAAGCCGUAUCACUGCUCACAGUGUGGAAAGAGUUUUACUCAUCAGAAUGCUCUCCAAACACACCAGCGCAUUCACACAGGAGAGAAGCCGCAUCACUGCUCACAGUGUGGGAAGAGUUUUACUCGUCAGAGUCAUCUCCAAACACACCAGCGCAUUCAUGCAGGAGAGAAGCCGUAUCACUGCUCACAGUGUGGGAAGAGUUUUACGACGCAGAGUAAUCUCCAAGUCCACCAGCGCAUUCACACAGGAGAGAAGCCGCAUCACUGCUCACAGUGUGGGAAGAGUUUUACUAGUCAGAGUCAUCUCCAAAUACACCAGCACAUUCACACAGGAGAGAAGCCAUAUCACUGCUCACAGUGUGGGAAGAGUUUUACUCAUCAGAGUCAUCUCCAACAACACCAGCGCAUUCACACAGGAGAGAAGCCGUAUCACUGCUCACAGUGUGGGAAGAGUUUUACUCAGCAGACUGCUCUCCAAACACACCAGCGCAUUCACACAGGAGAGAAGCCGUAUCACUGCUCACAGUGUGGGAAGAGUUUUACUCAGCAGAGUGCUCUCCAAACACACCAGCUCAUUCACACAGGAGAGAAGCCGUAUCACUGCUCACAGUGUGGGAAGAGUUUCACGACGCAGAGUAAUCUCCAAGUCCACCAGCGCAUUCACACAGGAGAGAAGCCGUAUCACUGCUCACAGUGUGGGAAGAGUUUUACUAGUCAGAGUUAUCUCCAAAUACACCAGCACAUUCACACAGGAGAGAAGCCGUAUCACUGCUCACAGUGUGGGAAGAGUUUUACUCAUCAGAGUCAUCUCCAACAACACCAGCGCAUUCACACAGGAGAGAAGCCGUAUCACUGCUCACAGUGUGGGAAGAGUUUUACUCAGCAGACUGCUCUCCAAACACACCAGCGCAUUCACACAGGACAGAAGCCAUAUCACUGCUCACAGUGUGGGAAGAGUUUUACUCAGCAGACUGCUCUCCAAACACACCAGCGCAUUCACACAGGAGAGAAGCCGUAUCACUGCUCACAGUGUGGGAAGAGUUUUACGACGCAGAGUCAUCUCCAGCAACACCAGCGCAUUCACACAGGAGAGAAGCCGUAUCACUGCUCACAGUGUGGGAAGAGUUUUACUAGUCAGAGUUGUCUCCAAAUACACCAGCACAUUCACACAGGAGAGAAGCCGUAUCACUGCUCACAGUGUGGGAAGAGUUUUACUCAUCAGAGUCAUCUCCAGCAACACCAGCGCAUUCACACAGGAGAGAAGCCGUAUCACUGCUCACAGUGUGGGAAGAGUUUUACUCAGCAGACUGCUCUCCAAACACACCAGCGCAUUCACACAGGAGAGAAGCCGUAUCACUGCUCACAGUGUGGGAAGAGUUUUACUCAGCAGAGUGCUCUCCAAACACACCAGCUCAUUCACACAGGAGAGAAGCCGCAUCACUGCUCACAGUGUGGGAAGUGUUUUACUCGUCAGUAUGAUCUCCAACGACACCAGCGCAUUCACACAGGAGAGAAGCCGUAUCACUGCUCACAGUGUGGGAAGAGUUUUACUCAGCAGAGUGCUCUCCAAACACACCAGCGCAUUCACACAGGAGAGAAGCCGUAUCACUGCUCACAGUGUGGAAAGAGUUUUACUCAGCAGAGUGAUCUCCAACGACACCAGCGCAUUCAUACAGGAGAGAAGCCCUAUCACUGCUCACAGUGUGGGAAGAGUUUUACUCAGCAGAGUGCUCUCCAAACACACCAGCGCAUUCACACAGGAGAGAAGCCGUAUCACUGCUCACAGUGUGGGAAGAGUUUUACUCAGCAGAGUCUUUUCCAAAUACACCAGCGUAUUCACACAGGAUAGAAGCCGUAUCACUGCUCACAGUGUGGAAAGAUGUUUGCUUGUUUAGUUACAUUUAAGACCUUCAAGUGCACUAACUCAGAGACAUUGCAUGAUUUAAAGUUGUCAAAUUAAAUAUGGUUAUUACAGUUUUGACUGAAAAUGACCUGUACUUUGAACUUUAUUUUUCAUGUUACACUAGUCAACAAUUUUUCAGAAGUUGUCUGCUUCAGAGAUGAAAUUGGCUAUUAUGAAAUUUGGUGUGUUGAAUUAGAAGUGACAGUUAAUCAGCUGAUUGGCUAUGGUUUCCAAGAUAUUUAAGAUUUUAAAUUUUAUACUUAUGUACAUUGUGUAGAUCGUAAUGUUUCAUCUCAUUCUCUCUAGCCGCUUUAUCCUUCUACAGGGUCGCAGGCAAGCUGGAGCCUAUCCCAGCUGACUACGGGCGAAAGGCGGGGUUCACCCUGGACAAGUCGCCAGGUCAUCACAGGGCUGACACAUAGACACAGACAACCAUUCACACUCACAUUCACACCUACGCUCAAUUUAGAGUCACCAGUUAACCUAACCUGCAUGUCUUUGGACUGUGGGGGAAACCGGAGCACCCGGAGGAAACCCACGCGGGCACGGGGAGAACAUGCAAACUCCACACAGAAAGGCCCUUGCCGGCCCCGGGGCUCGAACCCAGGACCUUCUUGCUGUGAGGCGACAGCGCUAACCACUACACCACCGUGCCGCCCUAGAUCGUAAUGUUUUAAAUAUAAAUUGUAAAACUAGGUCUCUUCAUGUGUUUAUGGUCGGUUUACAUGAUAUUUCACCUGUUCUCUUUAUGUAACACUAGAAAAUCAGCAAAAAGUUUAUAUAAAUAAAAUGUAUUA